AUGGCGACGGAAGACUGCGCUACCGUACUUGAGCAGUUUAUUCACGAUGUCGCAAAUCUACCGGCCGAAAUCACGCAUUUGAUGGAAGAAAUCCACGCCAAAGACAAAACUAUCCAAGAAUAUCGCACGACAAUCAACUCUCGCGACAACAGCAUACAGAAAUUCAUCAAACUCAACGGUAGUCUUGCGCCAAACCCCAAGGAGGAGCAAUACAGCAAGACGAUUCUGCAAAACCUGGACCGUUGCCAAAGCCUGCAAGAUGAAAAGAUCCAUUUGAGUGAAAAGGCUUGUGUAUUGCUUGAUCGGCAGAUCAAGAAACUAGAUAUUAAAAUUCGGGAAUUGGUCAAGGAAGGGAUAUUAUCGAACGACCCACCUUUACCGUCGUUGUUGGAUAAUAAGAAUCAAUAUGCGGAGCUUCCAGCGGUGUUCAUGCAAGAUUUGGCAGCCGCAGCGGCAUCGACGUCUGAUACUUCGACUCCAUAUACACCCCUGAAUCCUACGUCUGGGAAUGCCGCGACGCCCGUAUCGGCUGCUCAACGAAUGAGUCAAUCUGCUUCCCGUGCAGCCAGCAUUAACCCACUAGCUGGUCACCACCAGACUCCCAGCAACCGUGGUUCUGCGCCCUCCACUCCGUCUGCAGCGGCUUUACAUCUCCAACAAAGACAACGGGAAUCAUCGGCGGGCGCAGUUGAUAGCAAACGAAGACGGCUGAAUGCGUCGCUUGGCACACUCCCCGCCGCACCUUCGAAUCUGCGUCAAUCAUCCUUAGGGCCCGGUACACCCAAGGCCGGAACACCAGUAGCAAGCCGUGCGGGAAGUGCAGGUCCUCGCGCAACUGGAAUAACCAAGAAAGCAGCUACCAAGAAAGUGGCGCCACAUCAACAAGUCAAGAAAAUCAAGGCCGGCAGCACUGCAAAAGUUAUCAAGCGCUCGUCUAGUGUCGGCAUGAAGACGAAGGGACACAAGAAAACGCCUUCUACUGGAGGUGCGGAUGAUGACGACGAUGACGAUGAUUCAAUGCUUAGUAGUGCCGAGGUUUCUGAAUCUGAGGGCGCGAGUGUCACGACUACUACACGACGGACGGGCGGACAUGGCCCGAAUACCAUGGCAGACUCUGACGAAGAGUUGGAUGAUGAUGAGGAUGAGGGCGGUGAAGAUACAAAGGUCUAUUGUACUUGUCGUAGUGUCAGCCAUGGAGACAUGGUGGCCUGUGAUAAUGAUAAUUGUCCGUAUGAGUGGUUCCAUUGGAAGUGUGUUGGUUUGACGAGGGAGCCAUUGGGGACUUGGUAUUGUGAUGAGUGUAGACGCAAUUUGGGUAAAUAG